AUGAGCUGGUUGUGGCUGAUUCUCGCAUGGUUUGUUGAAGGCGCACCAUGGACGGAGGAGAAUGCGCCUUGGAACUUGAACUUUGAGCCCAGACACGAGCCGCACCUGUACUACGGCAAGUGGACAGGACACACUUACAAUCCAUCACCAACGGAUUGGCGGAGCCUUGUGAUUUAUCAGCUAAUCACAGACCGGUUCGCUGAUGGCAGUCCUCAGAACAAUGAGCUCUUUGCUGAUGGCUUUGACGUGCGGGACAUGACAUUCCGGCAUGGCGGCGACUUUGAGGGCUUGAGGCAAAGGCUGUACUACAUCAAAGGGCUGGGUUGCAAUGCGGUGUGGAUCUCGCCAAUUUUUCAGAAUGGCUUUAACUUCUAUCACCAGUACGCCCAGCUAGACUUCACCGUCCUGGACAAACGUCUUGGCACUCUUGAAGAACUUCGCCAACUUGUAGCUGAUGCACAUGCGCUUGGUAUGUACGUUAUAGUGGACGUCGUCAUGAACCACAUGGCAAACGAGUUCUACUUCCAAGGCCAUUCCAAGUCGCAGGCACCUUGGAGAUUUCACGAGGACAACAACCAGCGAGAGUAUCGAUUGAAGGUGCGCAAAACAAAGGCAGUCUUCUUCAAUUCUUCCAUUUGGUGUGGCGGUGAUGCAUUGUGGCAAGAGUAUGGGAAUUCGGCAAGUGGGCUUUUGCUGUACAGUGAUGGUGAUGCCUGCGAGGCAAGGUGUGCAGAAGAUCCGGAUUGCUUCUACUUUCUUUGGAAGAAUGAUCCAGGUUCUCUCAGCACCUAUCACUGCGCCGGCUUCAAAUAUUGCAAUUCCCCUACACCAUACACUGACGGCAAGGCCUCCAUUUUCAGAACAUGGACUUGGCCCAUCUUGGCUGAAGAGUUUGCCGAGAAUGUUUGGUGCGGAGGAACUGGCCUAUGGUCUUCCUAUGGUCCAAAUGCCACGGGCAUUUUGGCAAGCCAGGAUGCUUGCGAAGCGAUGUGUGCAUCGGAUGACGCCUGCAUGUAUUACCUUUGGAAGGAUGACUCGUCAGCAGACACACGAUUCCAUUGUGCGGGUUUUGCCUCCUGUUCGGAACAGUCCAGCUUUGGUGAUGGAAGUGUCACGAUUUUCAAGAAAAGAACCAAGGCUGAGAGGGACCUGGAUGGCUUAUAUCAUACACCUGCUGGCCGUCAACCAUACUCAGACUUUUGGUAUGACAACACUUGGGACCCGGCCGCUCAAUACAACGGAACAGUGUAUGGUCAGUGGGGAGAGUCAAAAACUGAUUCCGGCUUUGGCACAUACAUAGGUUCGGACUUUCAUCACAACGGGGACCUUCAAGAAUACUAUGACCCAUGGGAGAUCAAUCUGGGCAAGAUUUAUGGGGUUAUGGACGAUCUCCGUUUGGAGAAUGAACGUGUGCAGCAGAAGUACAUCGCGAUGACAAAAGCUCUGAUUUCAAGCGCAGACAUUGAUGGAUUCCGGGUGGACACUCCCAUGCAAGUGCCCCUGAACUUUUACAAGGUUUGGGCGCCUGCGAUGAGAUCCCAUGCGAAGACAAUUGGAAAAGAUCGCUUUGGUAUUUUUGGAGAGUUCUUUGUUUCGGUCCAGAGGUACGGCACGAUGACCGGAAGAGGGCGAGACAACACCAUGUACAACCAAGAUGUGUUUAUUGAUGACAUUUCCACAUUGAAGGGUGGCAUUGUGUACCCCUACUACUGGUACAUCUUUACGGCCAUGGUUUACAAAAAGCCAGAGUACGUUGAUGGUCUCCCAUUGGCAUAUGUGGAGGAGAACAAGAUCAUUGACACCUACGAUCCAACAACAAACCGCCAUGAAUAUGCCAUGUGGACCUUCUGCAACAAUCACGACAACUGGCGCCUCCAAAGCAUGACUGGCUUUGCUGAGUUCAGGAUGUGUCUAGCUCUCAUCACCUUUUGGCCAGGAGUGCCCCUUCAUUAUUCCGGGGAUGAGCAAGACUUUGAUACACCUGGAAGUGCUUUGGAUGGAUGGGCACGCGAAGAACUCAGUCAUUCGUUGGCUUGGCGAGCUGUCAGAACACAGCCAGAGGGCAAUCCUGCAGAUGUGGACAAUUUCGACAUGACAAGUCCGACAUACCUGUACAUCAGGCGAUUGAACGCCUUACGCAGAGCAUAUUUUGCAGAUUUUGGAUCGGAAGAAUGUGACCAGAUUCAGACUCCAACAUCCCAAAUGCCACAUGUUCUGGUGUUUAUUCGUGGUUGCAGUGCUUCCAAAAAGGUCUUGUUCCUAGCCAGUUUUCAUACAGCUGAGCGGAGGAAUGCAUCAAUUGAUUCUGUGCCAUGGUCCUCCGGCACCGUGCUGACAGACUGCUUGGCAACCGCAGAUGCAGUCCAGAUCUCUGUCGACUCGUCAGGCAGCGUUUCAGUCGAGCUCGCCCCCCUUCAGGCUGUCGUUCUCGUACCAACAGUCGAAGCAGUUCCUCCUGCUGUUGUUGAGGUUUGGCCCAAGCACGGCUCCUUUGUGCCAGGCGAUGCGUCUCAGCUCACCCUGAGAAUCAAGUUUGAUAGACCCAUGGGACCAUCUAUUUCAUCUCAGGUACUUUUCGACCAUCAGACUUCGAACUUUCAAUGCGCAGGAAGUGAAUGCACCAAGCAAGUUGAUGUCUCCGGUCUGAGAGAUGGGUAUCAUUCCAUUGAAGUAGCCGAAGGUGCGAUGGCACAGGAUGGGUCCUUGCUCAACACAAAAUUCCACAGUGACUUUUUGCUUGAUCGAGGGCAAGGUGUCAUUGCAAACCCAAUUCACAAGCUCCCCGGGUUAAUCUGCAACGGAGGCACUCAAAUUUGCCACAAAGCUACUGGAGCUUCUUGGUUCAGAGCUCAAAACGUUGGAGAGAAUUGGUCGGAGUGGAGGCCACUGAAUGAGACGAUUACAACUUGGAAUGCGCUCUUCAAUGUCCCAGUGCUGGUUCAGUACUUCUCUCAAUUGUCUGCGAGCUUCAUUGUCGGUGACUGCCUGACUGAGCGUGGACAGCGCUGUGAUGCAAGCUGGCAUAAGGACAUGUUUUUGCGUGGCGAGUUCAAUGAUUGGGGCAAUGCAGGGGAGGGCCGCAUGACAUUGAUUUCCUCCUUCACCUGGGCCAUUAAUGUCACUUUGAGCAGCUUUGUUAGAACACGGUUCACGCCAGUCACAGAUUGGUCAAAGUCUUAUGGCUCACACCCGGUUCGAGAACUCUUGUACAAUGUCCCCGACUUUGAUCCACGGCAUCAAGACUUCAAUGUUGUGCCAACUCUGUCCGGGUCAGAGCCCUGCCGACAAUGGAUGACUGAUCGGGAUUUGUGGUCAGAACGCGAGAGCAUAGCAUCUGGAGCUGAAUUUGCUACAGAUCUUUGGCUAAGCCACUUAUGCACAGCAGCGUCGCCAGCGUGCAUUCCAGAUGAAAAUGCACAAUGGCAAUGCCACAGUUAUACAGAUGAACAAGAUGGAGCUUGGUGCGCAUCGGUCGGAACCGAGAACUGUUGGGAUUAUGGCAUCAACGAUCAAAGCGAAGAGAUGAGUUCCUGCGGUCCGUGCUACUGCUGCAGGAGGAAGGUGAAGACGGCAGCCAGUGGCCAAGCAUCUGCCUGCUGUGUCAAAUUUAAUGACCUAUUCCUGAACUACACAGUCACCUCGGACCUUUCCCAAUGUGCACCUUUCCGUGCUAACGAACGAGUGACGCAAAGGUUCACCAUGCGUCUUGGAGGUGCAUCAAAUUUGGAAGCUCUGACAGUUCAGGGAUACGAAGCAUCGGUGGCUGCAGCUCUGGGAAACAUCACUGCGAAUGUAACAGUGGUCAACGUGUCAUAUAUCGUUUUGACAACAUACGAGCUGACCCUAGAGCCAUCUUUGUUGGAGAUUGCCCAGAGUGAGAUAUGCGAUGCCUUUGCAGCUGUCACAGAUUCUUGCGUGGUGCAAGCGGCCUCUAGUAGCAGAAGGCUGCUGCAAGGUGCAACCUCAACCACUUUGCGCGCAGAGGUUGAAACAGACACCCUGGACAGCGUGAGCAACUUGGUGAACCUGGCCCAGGAUGAGUCUGCACUCCAAGCUCGGUUGAGAAGCAACCCGCAGGUGAAUAGCGAAAUCUCUUUGAGGGUAUCGGAGCCUCCAGCCACAGAAAUGAAGCUGAUUACGGAGGUAACAACAACAGAUCCGAUGGCAGCCAUCGAUCUUGUGCCUGAGGCGUCCAAGGUGGAGGAAGCACUCGAGACGGUACUAGCGGAUGGCAACAUCUCAGCCAACUUGAUAACAACAACAACAACAAUAACAACAACAACGACAACGACCACCACAGCCUCAACAUAUGCGACUUCAACGAGCCAGACGACUGCACCUACCACAUCCCCCACCACUGCGUCCACGACCAGCGGAUCUCCGAGCAACGAUUGCCUGGACCUGUUGGUCCAAAGUGCAGGUGGUGCAGAUGGAAAUUAUGCCAAGUUCUAUUUGAAUGAUGUGCAGGUGGAGCUAACUGCAGGGCGCGGGCUCAGCAUAGUGAUCCUGACUCAGGAUGGUCAGGUACAGAGCAAGCACGUGUAUGACACCGGUUAUCAGGCAAAUGGUUCAGCUCCACUUUCGGAGUUGUUGAACGGCUUGCCAGAUGGAACUCCGAUUCUGGCUGCUGCCAUGGACGAUGCGUCCGAGAGCUUGUCAACAGAGGCAAAAGAAUCCCUGCGAAGAUUUGGAGCAACAAAAGUGGACAUGAUCGGGUACAGAGAUUCCUAUGCUUUGAUAGGCCUCAAGGGGCAGAAUCAAUCAAUCAACGCAAUUGCAGAAGAGAGAUCUCCAUCAGGUGAAGGUCCAGUGGAGCUGAGAAACACCGCUUCUUGGAUGUCAUCAUGCAGCGGGUCAGGGUCCCAAUCAAGUGGAUCCGGGGGCCCAGUGUCACUCAGAAUUGCCAGUGCAGGUGGUCUAGACGGCAAUUUUGCGGAAUUCUAUGUGGAUGGCGUUCGCGUGGAUCUGCAAGCAGGUCGUGGGCUGAGCGUCGUUAUCCUAGGAGAGACCGGCAAUGUGGCAGAGAAGCACGUUUAUGACACGGGCUACCAAGCCGAAGGUUCAGGGCCUCUUGUCGAACUUUUGAGUGGCCUGCCUGCUGGUACCAUCGUGUUGAUGGCUGCCAUGGACGAUGCCUCUGACAGCCUGACAACAGAAGCUAAAACUGCAAUCGCAAGUUUGGGUGCUACAAAGGUGGAGCUGCUCUCUUACAGGGGGUCGUAUGCGCUGAUUGGUGUGAAGGGGGGUGCUGCGAUAGCAGAAGAAGUGGCGGCCUCUGGAGGGGGCUCUAUCACCAUCGAGGAAAGACUCACCUUGCCUUUGGGUCUAGGCCUAGCAGCAAGUUCAACAGGCAGCACUUCCAGCUCAUCAGUGAUUUCACUGCAAUCUUCCACUUUUCAGUCAGCAGCAAGCUCUUCAACUUCCGAAGUGCAAUGGAGCUUUGAAGUACUAGAUGGCUGUGUCGGAUAUGCGAAUGCACUCCGAAAUGCCAUGAUGCUAUUGAUAUUCUGCAUGCAAUGA